AUGAUUGGUGGACAUUGCAGAGUGGCGAUGCAUUGGGCUGGAGCUUCGGACAGGAGUUCGGCGGACGAACGUGUUUCUGGUGCUACGCCAACAAUAAUGGGGCUGAUGCGAGAAGUUCGGGCAAUUGGUACAUCCAUCAAGAUGUGUGGAGUGGGGGAACUGGAAGCUGCGACAAUGCACCAGCGAACAUCGAUUUAUACGAUGAUG